CGAGACUCCGACCCCAAGCGCCAGCUCCGUCGAUUCUUCAAAAAUCAAAAGUUGCAUGGAGAUGGAGUAGCACUUCUCUCGUCCCAAUGCAGACUGACUGACGGAGCAGCCAAGAUCACUCACUCCAGUCAUGGCUUUGGUUGAGUGAUUCCUCCGGACCUCUCCUUUCCUUUCCUCUCUCGCCCGGCCCACUCCCAUGCCGAUCUCGCUCCACCUCCACUCGCCCCGUCGCCGUCGGCGUCCACACCUGCGGCUGCCGGCGGCGGCAAUGCGCGUGCGGCUCUCCUUCUUGCUGCUUUCCGCGGCAUUCCUGACGAUCCUGUCGGCAGCGGCGCCGUCGGCCGUACCGGACCCAGAGCCGGAGGUGAAGCCGAGCGACACGGACGCGCUGACCAUCUUCCGGCACGGCGCGGACGCGCACGGCAUCCUGGCGGCGAACUGGAGCACGGGCGACGCGUGCGCGGGGCGGUGGGCGGGCGUGGGCUGCUCGGCGGACGGCCGCCGCGUCACCUCGCUGACCCUGCCGUCGCUGGACCUGCGCGGCCCGCUCGACCCGCUGUCCCACCUGGCGGAGCUGCGCGCGCUGGACCUCCGCGGGAACCGCCUCAACGGCACGCUGGACGCGCUGCUCCGCGGCGCGCCGGGCCUCGUCCUCCUCUACCUCUCCCGCAACGACGUGUCCGGCGCCGUCCCCACGGCCGCGCUCGCGCGCCUCACCCGCCUCGUCCGCCUCGACCUCGCCGACAACAGCCUCACCGGGCCCGUCCCGCCCGCGCCCGCGCUCGCCGGACUCACGGCGCUCGUCACGCUCAGGCUCCAGGACAACCUCCUCACGGGCCUCGUCCCCGACGUGGCCGCCGCGCUGCCCCGCCUCGCGGACUUCAACACCUCCAACAACCAGCUCUCCGGCCGGCUGCCCGACGCCAUGCGCGCCAGGUUCGGCCUCGCCUCAUUCGCCGGCAACGCCGGCCUCUGCGGGCCCGCGCCGCCGCUGCCGCACUGCGAGUUCCUGCCGCGGGAGCCCGCGCCGACGCCGCCUUCGUCUUCGACUUCGUCUUCGUCCGUGCUGCCGUCCAACCCGGCGGCAUCGUCCUCCGUCGCCUCGUCGUCGCCGGCGCUGGCCACGCAGGAGUCGCUCAGCCGCAGGCCGGGGUUGAGCCCCGGCGCCGUAGCCGGGAUCGCCGUCGGCAACGCGCUCUUCUUUGCUCUCGCGUCACUGCUCGUCGCGUGCUGCUGCUGCGGCCGAGGUGGCGGCGGCGAGCCAGCGGCGGCCAAGAAGAGGAAGAGGCGCGGCGGCCGCGUCGGCCUGGAAGACGGAGGCGGAGGUGGCGCGCUGUUCGGCCACCUCAAGGGGGAGCAGCAGCCGGCUCGUCCGGGCAGCGCCGGCCAGUGCAGCGACGGCGGCGACAGCGACGGGGCGCGCAGCAAGCUGGUGUUCUUCGGCGCGGACGGCGGGGAAGAGGACCACGGCGACGGCGACGGUGACGGUGCGCCGCUGACCUCGCACCUGCAGGGGCGGCGGGGGACCCGGUUCCAGCUGGAGGAGCUGCUGCGCGCGUCCGCGGAGAUGGUCGGCAGGGGCAGCCUGGGCACCGUGUACCGCGCGGUGCUGAGCGACGGCCGCAUGGUCGCCGUGAAGCGGCUGCGCGACGCCAACCCCUGCGCGCGCGACGAGUUCCACCGCUACAUGGACCUCAUCGGCCGCCUCCGCCACCCGCACCUCGUCCCGCUCAGGGCCUUCUACUACGCCAGGCAGGAGAAGCUCCUCAUCUACGACUACCUCCCCAAUGGCAACCUCCACGAUCGCCUCCACGGUCACAAGAUGUCGGGAGAGUCGGCGCUGGACUGGACGACGAGGGUGCGGCUGCUGCUGGGCGCGGCGCGCGGGCUUGCGUGCAUCCACCGGGAGUACCGCACGUCCGGCGUGCCCCACGGCAACGUCAAGUCCACCAACGUCCUGCUCGACAAGGACGGCGCGGCGCGCGUGGCGGACUUCGGCCUCGCGCUCCUGCUCAGCCCGGCGCACGCCAUCGCGCGGCUGGGGGGCUACACGGCGCCCGAGCAGCAGGACGACAAGCGGCUGUCGCAGGAGGCCGACGUGUACAGCUUCGGCGUGCUGGUCCUGGAGGCGCUGACCGGCAAGGCGCCUGCGCAGCACCCGCAGCCCGACGCGCGCAAGAAGGGCGCGGCGGCGACGAGCCUGAGCCUCCCGGAGUGGGUGCGGUCCGUGGUGCGGGAGGAGUGGACCGCGGAGGUGUUCGACGUGGAGCUGCUCCGGUACAGGGACAUCGAGGAGGAGAUGGUGGCGCUGCUGCACGUGGCGCUGGCGUGCGUGGCGCCGCUGCCCGAGCAGCGGCCCUCCAUGGGCGACGUGGUGAGGAUGAUCGAGAGCGUGCCGGUGGAGCAGUCCCCCGCGCCCGAGGAGGACGUGGACGUCUCGGUGACGUCGCCGUCCAUCGGCAUCACCACGGACGACGGAGAUGGUCGCCUCAGCUACUAGCUGCUGCCCGCUGUACUGCCCAGCUUCUGUUCCUUUUUCUUGUGUGUGAUCUUGACAUGGAUCUUCCAUGUAUGGCUGAUUGGUUGACUUGAACACAUUCGUCUCAUCCGGUUUUUGCACGUCUGAGUCUGAGAAUGGACCC